UUACUCUACUCUUCAUUUAUACAUCCAAAAACUAUAAACCAAAAUUUUUUGAUUAUUUCGCUAUCGCAAUAACAAAAUCCACUCAAUUAUUUCUCAAAAAGAUAACACGAAAAUCAUGCCGAGAAAAGGAAUGAGAACACUGAAUUGGUUUUCACCAAAACACAAUUCAGCAACUGAUGUUAAUUCUCCAUCUACUUCACAAUUCUCAUCUCCUUCCCGAUUCGCCUUUUCGCCAUCCAGGCCGAGUUUUUCUGAAGCAGUGAUUGAUCGAACGAUCGAGAUGGCUGAGCAGAUGAUCACGAAAUGGGAUCCUGAUACUACCACCUUCGCGAAGGUGACUUCUCUGUUCUAUGAAAAUCGAAAAGAAGCUAAGGAUUUCAUUAAAUAUGUGAAUAAUCUACAUAAGGCUAUGCAUUUUCAUGCUAGUGAGAAUUCCAGAUCUGAUAAGCUUGUUCGUGCUCAAUCGUUGAUGCAAAUCGCGAUGAAACGACUGCAGAAGGAGUUUUAUCAGAUUUUAUCAAUUAACAGAGCACUUUUGGAUCCUGAAUCUAUAUCCACUGUGUCUUCACGUACUUCGAUAAGUACUCGAUCGAGUACCUCUGAAUUUAACGUUGAAGAUGAUGAUGAUAAUCGUGUUGCAAUUGCUGGUGAAUCUAUUAAUGAAGUUGAGGAUAUCUCUAAUGUUGUAAUGGCGGAUUUGAGAUUGAUAGCAGAGUGUAUGAUUUCUUCUGGAUAUACAAAAGAGUGCUUGCAGAUUUACAAAGUUAUACGUAAAUCGAUUAUCGAUGAAGGGAUUUAUAGAGUCGGUGUUGAGAAAUUGAGUUCUUCGCAAGUUCAUAAAAUGGAUUGGGAAGUUAUGGAUAUGAAGAUUAAGGAUUGGCUUAAUGCGGUGGAUGUAGUUAUGAAAACAUUGUUCGAUGGAGAGAAGAUUCUCUGCGAUCACGUUUUUGUUUCAAGUGAUGCAAUUAGAGAAUCGUGUUUUACUGAAAUUUCAAAAGAUGGAGCUAUGAUUCUGUUUAGCUUUCCAGAAAUUGUGGCGAAAAACAGUAAGAAGUCGCCAGAAAAAGUAUUCCGUAUGCUUGAUAUGUACAAUUCCAUCGUCGAGCACUGGACAGAGAUUGAAACUACAUUCGAAUCUGCUAUCCGAUCUCAAGCGAUGACGUCUCUCGUUAAGCUUGGUGAGUCUAUAAGGAUGGCUUUGGCUGAAUUUGAAACCGCUCUUCAAAAGGAAUCGUCUAAGACCACAGUUGCCGGCGGUGGAAUCCAUGCUCUCACUAUUGACGCAAUGAAUUACAUCAUUCUACUUGCCGAUUACAGCUACGUACUCUCUGACAUCCUUGGCGAGUCUCCUCCUCCGGCUAAAAGUUCAUUGCCUGAAUCAUAUUUCGGUAUGGCUGAUUCCGAUGAGUCUCCAGCACCGGCAAUCUCACUCCGAUUUGUUUGGUUAAUUCUCAUUCUUCUCUGCAAACUCGACGGCAAAGCAAAGCACUACAAGGACGUUUCACUCGCGUACCUCUUCUUAGCAAACAAUCUCCGAUACAUCGUCGUAAAAGUCCGUUCAUCGAAUCUCAAGUACUUGCUAGGUGAAAAUUGGAUAUCAAAACAAGAGCGAAAAAUCAAAAAGUUUGCCUCCAAUUAUGAACAACUAGGAUGGAGCCACGUAAUCCAAUCUCUACCGCGAGAACCAAACGCCUCAAUUACUCCACAACAAGUGAAAGAAAUAUUCAAGAGAUUCAAUUCAUCAUUCGAGCAAGUUCAUCGGAAGCAAUCUCUCUACGUCGUACCAAAUAGUAAGCUCCGAGAUGAUUUGAAAGUGUCGAUUGCAAGGAAAAUACUUCCGGUGUAUAGAGAGUUUUACAAUAUACAUAAAAAUACGAUAGCAAAAGAGAGAUAUUCGAGUCAUGUGAUCAAAUAUUCUCCGGAAGAUUUAGCACAUUAUUUGUCCGAUUUAUUUUUUGGACCGAUUGAAUUGGGAAGUUCAUCGUCAGUUGAGUCAUCCCCAUCACGUACAAUACCAUCACAACUGCAGUGAAAUUUUUUUUAGAGUAAUUGUUUAUUUUUCUUUCUUAUCUCAGAUGUAAUUUAUACGUAUGAUAUAUACUUGAAAUACGAUUCAUAUAAAAAAGUGUAUACAUUUGUACAAGUA